CUGGCCUCGGGAGCUUCAGCGGCCCGCACGGGCUCCGCUCCCAGUUAAACAGGCAGCCGGUGUUUGCGCGCGCAGUUUUAAUUAGUACUUGCGCUCAGUAAUUGGGUCCUGAUAGCCGCCCUGCCCGUCUUACAUUGCUAGCUCAAAAGCUUGGCUGAGGGCGCCAUUCAGUUGGGUUCCUUGGGGCUGCGGCCCUGACGGUCGUUACAAUCCGCCUCGCCCCCAGCCCCCGUGCCGACCGCCUGCCUGCCUCGCCGGUCCGCCCAGGACCCAUGGGCCGCCACAGCGAGCUGCAGAGGCGAGUGCUCAGCCUGUACCGCAACUUCGUGCGGGCCAGCAGAGGCAAGCCGGGUUUCCUGCCUCGGAUACGGUCCGAGUUCCGGAAGAACGCCCAGAUUCCCCGGACGGACGUCCUGCUCAUCGAGUAUCUCCUCCGGCGCGGCCAAAGGCAGCUGGAGCAGCUCCGGGGCGCCCACACCAAGCGCAUGGGCGCCUUCGUCAAAACCGCGGAAGACACGCCGUGACCUCGCCCACUCCAGAGACGCGUCGCCGGUGCUCUCCAGCUUGGAUUUAGAGGGCUGCUCCGAAGGGGGACGUCCGCCUGGUGAGCCGGUGUGAAGGUCUCGCACGUGCCCCCUUGGGGCCGCCUGAAGGCUCCCUCAAAACGCACCGACGGUGGGAAUCGGGAGCUCCGUUCUGGUUGUGGGGAUGCAUCUCCUGCCUUCCUUUUCGGACACGAACUAGCAGCAGUUCUUCUCUGCGCUGCUUGGCGAGAUUCUGCUUGCCCUGAAGCGCUUUAAGGACCCCGCUGGCGCGGGGAAGGUUGUGCGGGUCAGCCUGGCUCGUGGGUAUGGAGGAUUAAAGCAGCUUCGGAUGUGCGAUCCGUUCGA